AUGCGGGCACUGCAGUGUCGGAAAGCCAACGUGCUUGCCAUCAACACAAUCCCCAAGCCAUUACCCGGACCUGGACAAGUUCUCAUCAAGGUCCUUGCGACCAGCGUCAACCCAAGUGAUGUUCUCAAUUGCGUCGGCGGGUUUAAUCAUACUACCUUCCCUCGAAUUCCAGGACGCGACUAUGCAGGAAUAGUCGUAGCUGGAUCUGAGCAUUUGCUUGGCUUGGAAGUCUUUGGCACUAGUGGACGAUUCUUUGGGUUUACCACUGACGGCGCUCAUGCUCAAUAUUGCGUGGUUGCCGAGGAAGAUGUAGCGCGAAAACCAAGCAUUGUGUCGUUCAUCCAAGCGGCCACUAUCGGUGUUCCUUUCAUCACAGCCUCACUCAUGCUUAGACGAGCACAUGUACAAGCCAACGAAGUUGUUCUGGUGAUUGGUGCCACGGGCAAUGUUGGCUCUGCAGCUGUCCAGUUGGCCAUGACCAAAGGCUGCACUGUCUUGACAGCCUCGCGUGGUGACACUACUGAUAUCAACCUCAUAUCUGACCCUGGGCUCAGAAAGGUGAUGGAGACGAGCGCAGGCGAGGGAGUUGAUCUGGUUGUCGACACUACUGGAGACACUAGUCUCUUGAAAGCAGCUCUUCGUGUUCUGGGUCAGGGCGGCAGGCUUGCGAUCGUUUCUGCUCCGCGCACUGGAGAUACUGACUUCACUUUUGACCUGAAGAGCCUGUACCGGAAAGAGCAAUCUAUCAUCGGCAGUAACUCACUCAGCUAUUUGUCGAGUGAUAUGGCAGCCGAGAUGAGGCGUCUCGUGCCUCUGUUUGAGAGUGGUCAGCUCAAAGCUCCCGCUGAGGAGAGCCUCAGAAUUGUGGGACUUGAUGAUGCUCUGACUGCGUACGAAGCGGUCAAGAACAAGGCACGUGGAAAGUUUGUGAUCAAACCGUUCAUGUAA